AUGUCGAAAUUCCUCGGAGCUCGGAUAUCCCUCAUAUCGAAUAGCGACAUUCGAUAUGUCGGGACACUCCACCAGAUCAAUUCAGAGGACUCGACCGUGUCGCUUGAGAAUGUCCGAUCGUUCGGCACCGAGGGUCGGAAGGUCAACCCUGGCGACGAGGUGGCUCCGUCCGACCAGUUUUACGAGUACAUUGUAUUCCGCGGCACAGACGUCAAAGACCUGAGGGUCGAAGAGGGCCCGAGUUCCGCGAAGGAGGAGCCGCCUGCCAUGCCCAAUGACCCAGCAAUCGUCGGCCUCGACCGGCUAAUGUGGCGCCCGGCCCUCCCGGCCCUCCGGCUCCUCAAGAAGCUCCGCAGGGACUGCUACAGGGACCACCACAAGGACCGCCUGGUCAUCCUCUCGGUGGCCCUAAUCAGCAUGGACCGAUACCCGGUGGUCCGGGAUUUGGUUACUAUCCUCCGCCUCAUAUGCAAGCAAUUCCCGCCUGGGCCAGUAGGACCUGCGCCGUGGAAUAAUUAUGCGUACCCCCCGGGCCCUGGCGGUCCCCCAGGCAUUCCUGGCGGCCCCAGCGCUCCUGGCGCGCCCGGUCAGGGUGGACGUCAGUCUUCCAGCCAAACACCCUCAACUCCGUCUCUCGCGCCGAAGCCCUCCCCUAUUGGUCCCUUGACGGAAAAGAAGCCACUCACACCGACACAAAAAGCCGACUCGCCGUCCAAGUUGGAGUCUACAGAGCAGCUAGCGCAGGAACUCGCUGCCGCAGCGGCGCCACCCCCGCCAGUUGAGUCCAAGCCGACUGAAGAGGAGGUGAAGGCUACGGCUGUAUCGCUUAGCAGAAAUGCUCCGCCUACUGCCCCCAGAGAGGCCUCAAAGUUCAUUCCCACGGGACCUAAAAAUAUCUCUCGCCCCACACAGAUCUUGCCCGCCGUCCCUUUGCCUGUUGGCUUGACCUCCAGAGCAUCGCAACAAGCACAGGCAUCCUCCUCCAAGCCGGCUGGCGAGCAGAUUAAUAAUGCGGAGGCAUUGCGAGACGCAACCCAGGCCGCCAAAGCUGCGGUAGCAGUCGCGAUGGCGAACCUGGCUCAGCUGGAUGGGUCGGCUCCCGCCCAGCAGCUGAAUAAUACUCCCGCCAUGGAUAACCUCACCAAGAAGGUCAACGAGAUGAGAGUCAAUUCUGGACGGCAAGCUCCGGCACAUGUGGGUCGUGGCGGUCGCGGCCGAGGUCCUCGCCCGGCCAAGGUUGAAGUCCCCGACUCGGACUUCGAUUUUGCCUCUGCCAAUGCCAAGUUCAACAAGCAAGAAAUCGUGAAGGAGGCAAUUUCCGGUUCGCCCCUCACGGAGACGGCCAAUGGAGAUGCCUUGACUCCCGAGGCGGUCGUCGAUGCCAGCGUCUCUGUUGCGCCCGCCUACAACCCGUCAAGGUCGUUCUUUGACAACAUUUCCAGCGAGGCCAAGGACAGGCUUGAGAACACCGGUCCGAAGCCCGGCGGUCGAGAGUGGCGUGGCGAGGAGCAGCGCCGAAACAUGGAAACCUUCGGCCAAGGCAGCGUCGAUGGCGGAUUCCGUGGAUUCCGCGGCGGGCGAGGCCGCGGCCGCGGUGGACGGGGACGUGGCUACCGCGGUCGAGGCGGUAAUGCUGGGUACCGCCAGCACGACGCACAGGCACCCUCCCAGUAA